GACGAGGAUAUAAUUGAUGAUUAUGACUCCUGCGAAGAGUUAUUCACUAAACAUUUUUCUGGUGAACCUCUCGCAAACCAGAAGACCAAGCCAAAGCCUUCCCACCUGAAUAAACCCUCGAAUGCUAUAUCGCACAAAAAUACCAGCUGUCUUGAGAAAUGCACCAAUCCCUCUAAACGCUUCAUUCUACCAUCCGGGCCUGAUGACAAGGUUGAUACUCCACUUUUUGAUAACAUCGGCAAUGAUAGUACACCUUGGGCGCAGCGAUUUCAACCGCUUAAUCUGGAUGAACUGGCCGUUCAUAAGAAAAAGGUGUCCGAUGUGCGAGGUUGGCUAGAAGCAUCUUUUAUGGGGAGUGAUAGAAGUAGGCUCCUUGUUCUGAGAGGUCCUGCAGGCAGCGGUAAAACCACCACAGUAUCACUACUAUCAAGAGCCCUGAAUUUUGACAUCCUGGAAUGGAAGAAUCCCCUGGUCUCUCAAUCGCCCUCAGGAAGGUCUGUAUCGGUUUCUUCGCGAUUCGAUGAAUUUCUUGGACGUUGCCAUGAUUUCACAGGUCUCGACCUGAGUGAAGACAGGGCCGCCUCUCAGGCUGGAACGGGCAUUGAUCCCCAUCUCCGCCCACGACGCAUUGUUCUCAUAGAGGAAUUCCCUACCCUUUCGAAUACAUGGUCUUCUUCUCUUGCUGCUUUCAGACUUGCACUGCACCGUUAUCUUGCCAUGGCAGCGUCAAUGUCGAAAUAUCAUAGCCGAGGACCAAACCAUACCGGGGUUCCUCCAAUUGUGGUAAUUAUAUCAGAGGCACUUCUGAAUUUCUCGUCGGAAACUCUCACGGUCAAUCGUUUACUCGGACCCGAAGUUUGCAACCAUCCCCGCACGACUAUUAUCGACUUCAACAGUAUUGCGCCUACAAUCAUGCACAAGGCCCUUCAGGUCGUUUUGGAGAAACAGUCUCACCAUUCCAGAAAUUUCCGACUUCCAAGAGCUGCCAUGCUGCACAGUAUUUCCCAGAUCGGGGAUAUUAGAAGUGCUAUCACUUCCUUAGAAUUUCUCUGCCGGAGGAGUGAGGGCAUCGGUGAACUGAUAAAAGGGGCCUCGAGAGCGUCAAAGAGACCUCGGGACUCUAGAGCACUGACGCCCAUGGAGAAAGAAACUUUGAAGUUGGUUACGCAUAGAGAAGCUAGCCUAGGGAUAUUUCAUGCCGUUGGAAAGAUUAUAUACAACAAACGCGAGGACAAGGACAUUGCAGCAGACGUUGACAGCCUUGCUUCAGCUCCCCAUUACUUCAGCCGCUAUGAUCGACUGAAAGUGCCUCAAGUCUCCGUCAAUGAACUUGUCGAUGCCACAGGAACUGAUAUCGAAACUUUCGUAUGCGCCCUUCAUGAGAAUUAUGUUCCGUCUUGUAACGGCCCUUCUUUUACAGAAUGUCUGGAUGGGUGCAUAGAGGCCUUGUCCGAUAGCGACGUCUUGAGUUAUAACCGUGACUGGGCUCGUGGAUCGUGGGCAGGUACCAGAAGUGGUGCCAAUCGCGCCAACGCCGGCACUGAUGUGAUGCGACAGCAGGAUAUUAGUUACCAGGUCGCUACUCGGGGUCUUUUAUUUUCUCUGCCUUACCCCGUGAAGCGACAGGUGAAAUGUGACGGACGAGCGAAUGAGGCGCACAAACUUUCGUUCCCAGCAUCAGUGCGCCUGUCAUACGGUAAAGAGGAAGUGGAAGGUCUCCUGGGCUUGUGGCUGAAAAACAUGCUUCAUCAAUCCGCUCAAGCAACGUCAGGGCCCUUGGAGGGUCUGCAUAAGACUGGGAUUAGAAACACUGGGAAUUGCAACAGUGCGCAUCCGCCGACCAUGAAUAUGAUAUCACGCAGCGAUAUGUUACUUUACCAGCUGCCAUAUAUUGCCAGAAUGCCUCAGAACAAGAAGCAUCUGCCAGAGCUAAGAAAGCUUGUUGAACUUCAUGGAAUCAUCCCAGAGAAUGAGGCUCGGGAUGAUCAAGUUGAAUUUCCCCAUCACAGUCACCCCAUAGCUGCUUCUCGUGCGUCAGGUGGGGUUUCAUCGAUUCUAACACUUCGAGAUACCACUUCACACGAGGGGUAUAACACACUACAGCCUCCGCUAUCCUCUACCUACGAAAUGGAAGAGGAGAGCCUUCUUUUAAGCGACGAUGACAUAGUUGAU